AUGGCAUCCGGUCACAAGCGUCAGAUCUCCAAGGCCAAUGGUCAAGAAAUCAACGUCGAUGUUCUUGUCAUUGGCGCCGGUCCUACCGGUCUUGGUGCUGCAAAGCGUCUCAACCAGAUCAAUGGCCCAGAGUGGCUCAUAGUCGACUCGAACGAGGUCCCAGGUGGUCUCGCUUCUACAGAUGUCACCCCAGAAGGCUUUCUCUACGAUGUCGGUGGCCACGUUAUCUUCUCCCACUACAAAUACUUCGACGACUGCAUUGACGAGGCCCUCCCCAACGACUCUGACUGGUACUCCCACCAGCGUAUCUCCUACGUCCGCUACAAGAACACAUGGGUCGAGUACCCAUUCCAGAACAACCUUUCGAGGCUGCCGAAGGAGGACCAGGUCGUUUGCUUGGAGGGUAUGAUCGAUGCCGCUCUCGAGGCAAGAGUCGCCAAGGACAAGCCACAAAACUUCGACGAGUGGAUCAUGAGACAGAUGGGUCAGGGUAUCGCGGAUGCAUUCAUGAGGCCAUACAACUACAAGGUUUGGGCUGUGCCAACCACAAAGAUGCAAUGCGCAUGGCUCGGGGAGCGUGUCGCAGCACCAGAUCUCAAGCGCGUCACCACCAACGUUGUGCUCAACAAGGCUGCAGGCAACUGGGGUCCAAAUGCCACUUUCCGCUUCCCAGCACACGGUGGUACUGGCAACAUCUGGAUCAGCCUUGCAAACACCCUUCCCAAGGAGAGGACUCGUUUCGGCAAGCACGGUGAGGUCCAGCUCGUCGAUGCGGAGAACAACCGUGUGCUGCUAGGGGACGGCACCACUGUCAACUACCAGAAGCUCAUCUCGACCAUGUCUGUCGACUACCUUGUCGAAGCCAUGAAGGAUGAGGAGCUCACCAAGCUCAGCAAGGGUCUUUUCUACAGCACAACCCACGUCAUCGGUGUUGGUCUUCGUGGUGCCCGUCCAGAGCGCAUCGGCGACAAGUGCUGGCUUUACUUCCCAGAGGACAACUGCCCAUUCUACCGGGCAACCAUCUUCUCCAACUACUCGCCAAACAACCAGCCACAGGCAUCGAGGAAGCUUGCGACUCAGCAACUUGCCGACGGCAGCAAGCCAUCCGACAGCUCCGAAAAGGAGGGUCCAUACUGGUCCAUCAUGUUGGAGGUUUCCGAGUCCAGCAUGAAGCCAGUCGACCAGGAGAACCUGCUCAAGGACUGCAUCCAGGGCCUUGUCAACACCGAGAUGAUCAAGCCAGAUGACGAAAUCGUCUCGACCUACCACCGCCGCUUCGACCACGGUUACCCCACACCAUCGCUCGAGCGUGAGGGCGUGCUUAAGCAGCUUCUGCCUAAGCUCCAGGACCAAGGCAUCUGGUCGCGUGGUCGUUUCGGUAGCUGGAGAUACGAAGUUGGCAACCAGGACCACAGCUUCAUGCUGGGUGUGGAGGCUACUGACAACAUCGUAAACGGCGCCGUGGAGCUCACGCUCAACUACCCUGACUUCGUCAACAGCCGAGCCAACGCCGAGCGCAGACUGGUUGACGGUGCACAGAUGUUCAGCAAGAAUAAGUUGAACAACAACGCCAACGGCAGUGCGAACGGUAUCCCCAUCCGACCAGCACCAGCGCAGAACCCAUAG